AAAUUUAAACUUCAGUCGUUGUUAAGAUGUUGACGCCAUCACACACAGUGUCGCGGAAAUAAAUAUUUAAAAGUGCCGUCUCAUUUCAAGCAUACAUAUAUAAGUUCGAUAACAUUGAAGAGAAAUUUACCAUUAGAUACAACCAUGCUAAACAGCCCAUUUUUGCAAUCUUGAAUAUUGCCAAUAUCCACGUAACAUUAAACGAUUUAUAGUUUGAGGUGUCUUUAUGCGCAAUCAGAAGAUUUUCUCUCAUUACCUAUUUUGGAAAAUCUUCAUUCAUAUUUCGCAAAUUUAUCCCGCAAACCGGGGUUGCAAUUUUAAAUUAGUAGAAUACAAAACUAAAGUGGCUAAUUAAAGGAAAGAAGCAGUGACAUGUUUGGCGCUAUCUCCACAUCUCUGCAACGGCUUCUUCACAUGGAUAACCCUCUCUACGUAAUCCUGCAAUUCAUCUGGGAUUUACUCGUGUUUCUCGUAAAAGCCACCUAUUUUACCGCCGAAACCAUAUAUUAUUCACUACUUCCAAAUUAUUUGAGGAAAAUGAAGAAUGUUUCAGGACAAGUAGUACUGAUCACUGGCGGUGGGGGCGGAGUAGGACGCUUAUUGGCCCUGAACUUUGCCAAACAAAAUGCUCGUGUGGUCGUAUGGGACAUCAACCCAGAAGCUAUCAAAACUACCAUGGAUUUGCUCGCCCGGAACGGGUAUACCUGUAAGGGAUAUGUAGUUGAUAUAUCUGACCGUGACCAAGUGUAUGAGCGAGCGGCACAAACUAUUAAUGAAAUAGGUAAUAUCGAUAUACUAUGCAAUAAUGCUGGUGUCGUUUGCUGCCGCCCAUUCUGGGACUUACCUGAUCGUGUUAUACAGCAUACAUAUAACAUUAACAUAAUUUCCCACUAUUGGACAGUGAAAGCAUUUCUUCCGCAAAUGAUGCAAAAUAACAGGGGUCAUAUUGUGACUGUGGGUUCAGUGACUGGCAUGUUAGGCACUUACGGUUGUAGUGAUUAUAGUGCAACAAAAUUUGCCUGCGUUGGGUUUCAUGAAAGCCUCCUAACCGACUUAAAAACACACGGAUAUGAUGGCAUACACAUGACAUUGAUUUGUCCUUAUUAUAUCAAUACCGGUAUGUUCUCAGGCGUACGACCACGAAUGUUUCCAAUGUUGCAUCCACAGUAUGUUGCUGACCGCAUACUUGAAGCUAUCCAAAAAAACGAAGUAUGGUGUGUGCUACCUCAUACCAUACGGGUACUUACUCCACUGAAAUGUCUAUUACCCGCGAAAGUGUGCUGGGAACUAAUGUCAAGAGUUAUCCGUGGACCAGAAUCAAUGAUGAUGUUUCAAGGGAGGGGCAGAGUUCCCGCAGGUUAAGAUAAUAGCGGAAUAAAUCGAUUUAUGUUUUAAAUUACAAUUGUCGUGUUCUCAUUAGAUCCAUUUUAAAAUCAAGAUAUUAAUAACUUUUAUUUAUUUAACUCUAAGUUAAACUGAAAUACGAAUAUGGUUUAAGGAUCCUUUUGCAAGGAUGGUUAGCAGCCAUCUGUCGAUUAUUAAUAUUGCUUUUCAGUCGAAGGAGUUGAAAAGGUAUAUGUACAUACAUAUGAAUGCUUUUAUGUUUUUUCUAUAUUUCAAAAGUAUCGCAAAUGCACAAAAACAAUUAGCAAAUUAAAGAAUGUUUAAUUUGUACACCAUUAACAUAUGUUAUAAUUAUUUGCUAUUUAUAUUUAAUAAAGAAAAAAUAGAGUGAUCCAAAAUACAAACGCA